UGGUUGCCGCGAGACCGUCGCCAGGCAACCGCGUGUACACACACUUCUGGCCGGCCGGGGUCUCGUCAAUAUGGCGGCGCCAGGCACCCCCUCGACCUCUCCCCUCGACCUGUCUCCCACAUCUGUGUCCCCGCCAGGACCGCCGCCGACCCCGCCCCCGACCUCGAACGCGCUCUCGAAGUCGCCCCUGGAGUCGAAGGCGAGCUCCCAGAGCCCACUGUCUCGCUCGACCUGCCAGGAGACCUCGUUGCCCCUCGCCGUGUUUUACGGGCCAUUGGACGCUAAAAACCCGCUCCUGGCCUCCUGCGAGAGGGAGAUCCGGGAAUUACUAGGCUUUAUGAGGAGAAAGAAGGCGUUAGCGACAACAGAGGAACAGAAGCAUGAAUUCCACCGGCUUUGUGCCACCUCUUUGUUUAAUAUCUGGACCAAAUAUGCCCCGCGGCUGCCAGCUGCCUAUUACAAUGAAAAGCUUCUGAAGGUUGGAGAUAGCCUUUGUGAAAUAAAAGAAUAUAAAUUGGCCCUUUUACAGUGCUAUGGAAGGUACCUUCAGCAGUUCCAUGUCAACUUUGAUGAGAAUAAAGCAGAUGUGAAUCAAUUCAAAACUGCCUUUUUUCCAAAAGGCCUUGGAGACAAAACUUCUGCUCAUACAUUUCAUGCUUUAAGUGGCAAAAAUAUUUGCAACUAUGAACUGGUCUGUGACAAUGAUGUGAACCUGCAGAAUAAAGAAUCUGUGACCCAGUGCCUGCAGAUUUUGUCCUCCUUAAGACUCAUCAUGCAGGUGGCUUUGCCACUGGAACACCUUUGCUGGAUUAUUUUCAAUGGUACCAUUUACAUUUACACCAUUUGCAGAAAACUGAUGAUCAUAGGUCAGUCUUCCAAGGCCUUGGAAUACCUCCUGUGGGCCAGUAUGUGUAUGGAGUUCUCGGUCCCGCUCCUGUCUGUCAGGUACCUGACGUGGCGGGCUACUCUUUACACUGCCGUCUGCCAGUGCUAUUAUGACUGCCAAGCUGGCGUUCAUGCAGAGGCAUUUGCUCGGCGUGCUUUAGCUAAAAUUGAUGAGUUAAGGCAACUGGAAUUAAUGAGUUCCUCACAAUCGCAGGAAGAAUCCAGAAGAUACUAUAGAGAGGCCACCAUAAAGAUGGCAGUGAUGAUCUUCAAAAGAGGAGUAUUUGAAUCUAGAAGGAAACACAAAGGUUUGUUUAGACCAAAGAUAAGAGUGAACCUAAGGGAAGCUCAAACUUUGCCAUGGCCACGUACUGUCACAGAGCGGUUGUUGGAUGAGAUGUUUGAUAGCACCGCAUCCCGGUUUCUGGCUGUCUUAGAAGCUCUUUCUGAUUCAAAUAGGCGUACUCUACAAACUGGACCUAUUGUUACAGAUGAAGUAGAAGUUCGUGAUGUUGUCUCAGAACUGUUUAUGGCAGGAAAAGAACUUUUAAUAAUGUCAAAUACUGGUGCAGAUGGAAUGCUUGAUUUUCCACAAACAUCUCUUCUGCAACUUAUUAUGAAAGGAAAAAAUGUUAUUUCUAUAGAUGCUGCUGUGAAAUUUGUAAAACUAGCUUUUACUUAUGAGGAAUGGAGUUUAUUUGAAUCUUCAGCUGGGCAGCUUAUUGAUUUUCUCCAGAGGCAGGAUGAUCCAGAGUCAAAGAAAGCAGAAAAGGAUUUAACUCUUCUAAUUGCAAUAGAACCUUUAAUCAAUGUAAAGAGAAACAAAGGUAUGGUCUUUCCCAUGGAAAACUACAAAGAAGGACAGUCAGCUCAAAUUUAUGUUAAAAAAAUCGGUUUUCAUGAUACUUGUAAGACUUAUGGAUAUUCAGAAGACAUUUUCCACUUGGCAGCAACCUUGUACUCCUGUGUCUGUGCCUCUCCCCAGGUGAAAUUGCUUUUUGGGAUAGAUUGUAAUAGUAAUGGUUCCUGGCACACAUUAAAAGCUAAAUGCUAUAUAGCUAUAUGUAUAUCUUAUUGUUCUUACCAAUAUACUUUACCUUUUUUGUUUCAGCCUGAUAAAGAAAUCGUUGUGGACACGAUAAUGUUCCUAUGGCAGAAGUGCAAAUUAGGAAUUCAGAGGAUCAAUAUGUCCAGAAAUGACUAUGCAAAAUUCACCCAGAAAAUCAGCACUAAUAAAUGGGUUUAUCUUCUGUGGCAGAUAAAUGAAGUAAUUCACUGCUAUAAAAUGGAAGACAUUGACAUUGUGGUGGUGGCAGAGGUCACGUUACAAUUAAGUGAAAUAUUGGAGUCAUUAGGAAACCCACGAAAAAAAUUAAAAAAAUCUCUAGAGAUAUCUUUAAGGAAAGGGACUGGUGAAUUCCUUGAGACUUCAAAAGGGAGCCUGGAAAUUCUCCCAAUAUUGAAGAAAAAACCCGUGGAACAGUUAUUUUUGGCUUAUGAACUUCUUGACAAAGCAAUUGGUGGAAUAAAUUUGAAUUGCAAGUUAAGUACUUUGCCAAAUGGAUCAUCAGUGAUUGACCAUUGCUAUGCCAAGUAUACCCAAGAUAUAGAUGGAGACAUCUGCAAACCAGUCACACAGAAUAGUUUCAUGAUGGAUUUACAUCUUGAACUAAUUCAAGCCCAGCACCGAAUAGCUGUUGUGCUUCUUGACCAAUUGCAAGUUUUGCAGACUCCAGCUGCUAGCAAGCAUGUAUCUGCCAAAGAUCCAAAAAAACUGAAACAAUCUAGAAGCAUUGACUGUUUUACAGAAUUAAGUGUAAUGAAUAAAAUAAAGAAGAAUAAGCUGUCCAAAGCGAUUUACUUGAUGCAGAAAGCUCUUCUAGUAUUUGAAAAAGAUGCAGCCUCUACAUGUUCACACAACUUUUUGACGGAAGCAUAUUCUUUAAUUGAGAAGAUUGAAAAAGAACAAAAUGCCCUAUAUUCAUAUCAAAAAUAUGUGGAGAGUUCGAAAAGAAAGAAAAGCAGAAUCCCUCCCCCACCUAUCCUGCUAUCCCGAACUCAUUGUUCUGUGACAUUGAAACCUGCUCCAUUUAUUUCAGAUGUUAAGGUCUCCUGGUACUGCAUUUUGGGUUGCAAAGCAGAAGGAAGCUAUGGAAAAGUAAGGCUAAACAAUAAUCAUCUCCCAAACUCAGGAGAAGCGAUACCAGCUGAUGGUAAAAGCAUUUUUGAAGUGAAAGGUUUAGAAACAAAUGAAAAAUAUGUCUUUGCAAUUGCUGCUUAUUCUUCUAAUGGGAAGCUUAUUGGUGAUGCCAUUGGGGAGACAACUAAACCAAUUCUGGUUUAUUCACCUCUUUCUGCUGUUACUACUCGGAUGUUCUUGACACAGGUUGCCUAUCAGAUUGGUAACUAUGAGUUGGCUAAGAAGGUUUUCUCACCAGUUUGGGAUUAUUUUGUUGCUUCACCACAUCAUGAUGAACAAUCUGUUAUUUGCUUAAGCAAUAUAAUGACUAUUACACAGAGAAGAUUACAUUCAGAUAUUUUGGCAGAGACUUCUUCAAUCCUCUUAUACCUUUUUCUUAGAAAUAUUUUUGUAACAAGUGACAUUAAAAUUAAAGAAGAAAAUCUUUUCUGUGAUAAUAUUAAAGGCAAUGAGAUUUUCCCCUCUCAACAAAUUGCUAGAUUAAUUGAAUGUGAGAGAAUAUUAGUGGCAUUGGACCUUAGCAACUACCUAAAUGAUUCCAGUUAUGCCCUUCAAGCUGUGACUCAGUGUUAUGGCCUCCUUGCUCCUAUAAUCUACCACAAUGUUGUUUUGGUACCUGUUGUACAGAUCUUGAUAAAGUGUGUGGUGGUUUUGCAGGGACUACCAAACAUUGUCCACUCAAAGAAACAUUUUGCAAGUUUUGAAAGCGUACAACACAUGAUAGCUUGUUGUGUCUUCUACAUAACAAAGAUUCUGCGUUCAUGGAAAGAAUAUGACCUGGCAGUUAUGAUUAUAAAUUAUGGAAAAAAGAUGUUAGACAUCACAUCAGGGUGCAAAUCUCUAUUUGGUGUGACUGACCAAGAAGAAACACAAGAGGAGGGUUCUUCCAAGAAGUCUUACAAGCCUAAGAAGCCACAGCAGAUAUUAUUACCUGAAAAAAUAAAUGAACAGCUGGCCUUGUUGGAGACCCACCUACUCAAACUGACGAAGCAAUAUGUUACAACUGAACUCUCAGGAACAGAGGACCCUGUAUUUCUUUACCCUAUUGUUUUAAACUGGUCGGUCAAAGGUGCUGUGAAAGAAGUUAUGAAAUUUAAGCAGAGACCUAGAUUCCUAGAAUUCUUUACACAAGUUAUGCUAAAAUGUAUGAACGAUGAAAAAUUUCAUCUUAUGGUGGAGAUAACAAAUCCUGUUUAUGACUUCUUAAAAAGGAGGAAUGAAUCCCUACUUGGAAUUAAAAGAACAAAAUAUAAAGACAAUAUUUUGUGUAAAAAGACAGGCAAACCUUUGAAGAAGUUCAAAGCUGUAGUAAUGGAGAUUGGAAGAACUAUAGAAAUGAUGCCAACAAAAAGAAGUAAAAGAAAGGAAACUCUAAGAGAAUUUUUUUCUAAAAAUCCAUCUAUUGCUGAAAUGAUGGAACAUGAAAGAAAUAAGAGAACUGAUGUUAGAAAACUUGCCUAUCGAUCCCUGGUGGAGAACUUGAAUCCUAUAAUAUUAAAUUUUGUGAAAAGGAAGAGGUUCCAUCAACUAUUUCUUGAGGAGAUGCCCUGGAGAGCUCAGAUGAACCUAUAUCUGGCAAGUGCACACUUCUCCCUGCUUUUAACGAAACUAGCGGAACGAACGAAGAUGAAAUUUGGCACUUCACACACAGUGGUCAGUUUCCGAUCAUGUGAUCCUAAUAUGUUCUCACUAUAUAAUUCUGGAACAGUAUUACCAACAGUGAAAUUGACUCUAGAAAACUAUAAAGCAAUACUUGAUUUCCUUCAUACAGCUAAAAAAAGAAAGGCCAACUUACCAUCAGAUGCUGAGGAAUUUUCCACAUUUAUUAAUUCCAGAAUGAGUGGUGAAAACGUGUCAAAGACACAAACAGUUUAUGACUCAGACUCUCAGUCAGGUCUUAGUACUAAAGAAAAGGAUCGAGCAGCAAAUUUGGGUCUAUUGGAUCAUUUUAUGAAAAUCUUUUUAUAUUGCAGGAGAGCAAUGGUUCUUGCUCAUCGUGGAGGCUAUUGGACUCUGCUUCAGAAUAGCUGUAGGACCUUUUGGAACUUUACUCAGGAGCUACAGAUACUUCUUAAACAAGCAGUGGAUCUGUAUAAAACAUUUCCUGUUAGCCAGGAUGGUUUCCUCUGUACCUGUGUUUUGCCAUUCUAUUUGGGAGCAGAAUUACUUAUUGACAUGUUAAUAGAACUGCAAAAUACCAAUUCUAUUAAGGUUAUUGAAGAAAAAGGAGAGUUCAGUGUUCCAAGCUGCUAUGGAAAUAUUAAAAAUGAUCAUGGUGGUUCUAGCCUUAAUUUUGAGGAUCCGUUGGAUAAUGUAAAUGUGGUUGAUUUGAAAUGGAUCCACGACUUUGUGUUAAAGUCUCUGGAGGUUUUAUAUCAAGUGGAAAAAUGGGAGACACUAGUAUCACUUGCCAUCCAGUUCAAUACAAUUUCACAUGAGAGAUACACAGAGCAAGUGACACCGCUCCUGGUAUAUGCACAGCGCCAGCUUCUUCUAAGAAUAUCCAAGUUCAAUGGCCCAGAUGUUACCCAACAACCUUGUGCAAGAUAUGAAGCUGAAUAUGAAGAGAAGAUAACCUGCCGAAAUUUCAUUGGGAAGCAGCUCAAGAUUAAUCCUCCAACAAGUGAAGAGAAAGAUACAGGAAGCUGCACAGAUUUCUUUAAAAAGCUUAUCUAUUCAGAAUAUAGCCACGCCAAAGAGCUCAUCUGUGUGCCCGUGGACGUGACAGACACUUUGCGAUGUUUUAGACAGACUUUGGAAAAAUCCAAAUAUGAUAGCAGAUCAAUCCGACACAGCAGAAAAUUGCUUUCGUUAUUCCUUGCACAGACACAAGGAGAUAAAGGAGGAAUAAACAAUGAGAAAUUUACCACUGGAAAGGUGGAGUUUUGCCUGGGGACAGAAGAGAUGCAUAUGCCAACACCCCCUGACCUCUCUCAGGAACACUUUAGAGUUUUCAGUUCAGUGGAAAAAAGUAAACUUCCCUAUUCACAACUCGGACUCGUAAUUUCCUCUUAUUAUGAAACUAUUGAUGUUCUCCAAGCCUGCAAUAAAAGAAGUCUUAAAGUUCAGGCAUUGCAUGAACUGGGAAGCCUUCUCAUCUUUGCUGAAAAGAAAAGGGCUGCUUUUAAAUGUUGGUGCCAAGCUCUUGAUGGCAUAUUCAGGAAACAAGAUGUGCUGCAUACAUGGAAAGAGUUUGGUAGCUCGCUCACCAAUGCUACCAAUAGCUAUUUACCUCCAGGUUCCAAAGAUUAUAGUGAGGAAUUUCUGUCAAAUGUUGGCAUUUGGGGAUGUUUGCAAGGAGCGGUCAUAUCAGCAAAGAUAGCUCAAUUUAUUAAGAUCUCAGAGGUUGACGAGAGAACCAACUGUUGCAUUUUGUCUGCAUUACUCUUUCAGGGCUUGCUCAGAACCACACUUCCACACCCCAAAGCAGAACGUUGCUAUGCUCAGUAUGAAAUCACUCAGCUUCUCCCAGGCAUCGAGCUCUUCUCGGACAGAUACAGGGCUGACAUUUGCUCUGUAGUUGCAAGUCUGUAUUACGUUAUACGUGAACUGCACUUUGCUAAGCAAAAUCUAAUAGUUCUGCCUCUCCUUGCAUUGUAUCAGUAUUUUGUUUCUGGAAUUUGCCAAGACCUAGUCAGAAAUCUAGAAGCAAGGAUCCUCAAGAUAGAAGUCCUUACAGAUUUAGGAUUUUUUUCUGAAGCCUUUUAUGAGAUAUCCCAGAUUUUUUAUGGAAAAAACAUGCCUUCCUCAAUACCUGCAGGCUGUAAAGCUACUGGAAAAGUGAAGAUAUUUCAAUCAUUUGACUCAGGAAAACCUCUUACUAGUAAAGAAAAUUUACAGGCACUUGAUGAAUUAAUAAGUAAAGGAUUGCCUCUAAUUCUGGUUACAGUUGGCCAACCACAUCUCCUAAAUAAGUUUUCUUUCAUUAAAGCCUACUUUUUAAUAAGUGUGGCUGCAACAAUAAAUUGUGUCCCAGAAAAUUCAAUGAAAACAAUCUACCAUGGACUUGUUUCUGAGAAGAGUAGAGCAAACUUUCAAAACUUGAAAGAAUUAUGUUUAAAGGACGAGGGAAUCUCAUUUGGUCAGUUUGCAAAAAUUAAAGAUGACUUCACACUUAGCACAAUAAAGUCAGCUUUACUGACAGAAGCUGAGGACAGGCUAAACUUCCUUGUGUCAGAGAUGGAGCAUCCAGGCCACAAGGACCUGUCCCAGUGUUCUGCUGGUGAGUUGGAGAUUGUGGUAGAGGCCAGGCUUCAGCUGGCUGCAAUUGCCCUGCAAAGACACCGGGCCGCAUACAGUGCUGCAAUUGUAUUUUCCACACUUAGACUUCUCCAGGGUUCAAAACUUUUUAAAAAGAAGGUAGUACAAGAUGACACAGAGAACUCCAUCUCUCUGGGAGCUUCUGCCACUGAAAAUAAAGAUGAUGGUGAGUUUCUAGAUCCUACUUCCCUAAAUUCUCGAGAACAUUUCAACAUCCAUCUGUGGUUGAGAUGCCGCCUAGCAUUGGUGACCGCCUUUGUUGCACAGAUUCAUGGCGUUGGAAUUGUGACAGAAAACAAUAUGACAGAUUACGUCAGCCUCAUCAACGAAGGGUGCAUGGAAGCAAAAAGUGCAGGCGACAGGGAGCUACAAGCUGAAUUCUUGAUGCAAGCUGUAAUCAUUGGCCUACAAGAAAAGCAUUUAAAGGCAGACAUCAUAACAAACCUUCAGGCUGUAAUACAUUUGCUUGAAGAAAGUGAAUUUAUUUCCCCUCGAUCUCAUUUAACCCUGGUGAGAAGCAUGCUUUUGCUGGAUGACUUAACAAAAGCUGAGAAAUUCAAGGAAACUCCUUCUUCAAAAACAGAAAAAUUAUGUUUGUUGACUCAGGCUCACAACAUUCUUAUUGAACAGAUGCUAACUUUCGGAGAAACGAUUGAAUUUCCUUUAUCAAACACUGACUCUGCAAGUCCAUCGCAUCCUUUGAAAAAUAUCUAUCUUCCCCAUGUCAUGUUGUUGGCCAAAACAAAAAUGAGGAUUGGACAUACAGUGGCCAAACAAGUCUAUUAUACCAGUAAAAAGAAGGAUCCCUCAAAGUGGUUACCUGCCCUUCAUCUUUUUGAAAUGGCACGGAAGCUCUGUAAGGUAGCAGCAGCAGAAGAACAUGAGGUAGAGGCAGAAAUUCUUUUUCAGAAAGGCAAAAUAGAACGUCAAAUAUUGAUGGAAGAGAAAUCUCCAAGUUCACAACUUGAGAGUUUAUUUGAAGCUAUACAACUAAGCUUGAGAAAUGAUCAAAACUCGGGAUUGAUAAGAGACUCCUACUUAGAAAUGGCCUUAUUAUUUUUACAUAUGAGGAAGCCAAAAAACAAUCUUUCAACACCACCAUUAACACUUAAGACUCCUACCAGAAGGCAUAGUUCUAUUAAAGAACCAACAGUAAAUCGAUUUGAAAUGUACAGUUCACUGGCCUGGACUGUGAUAAGAGCUGCUGCCCAGGUCAGUGAAGCUGUGCUAGCAGUUAACCUACUUAUUGGAAAGAAGAAUGCCAGAACUGAUAAAGUCAGCCAAGGGGCCUUACCAAAUAUCCCCGAAUUUGCCACUGUGGAUCUUUUGUCUUCAUAUACAGAUUAUUUGCUUGAUAACUACCAAGUGGUGUUCCAGACUGCCUGUACAUUUUCUUAUCAAAAUGAUGGCAUGUGUGACAACACAGAUGCUAGAAAAAAGACUCCGACUAAAGUGGAUAUUACGUGGAUUCUUCUACUGCGCUACUAUAUUCAUCUGCAAAGGAUUAAUAAUAUGAGCAAAUUGCUAGCAUCUCCAAAGCCAGGAUCUGGAAUUUCUUUGCCAGAUGAUACACUUCUCACAUCCCUUUUCAACUCUGGGCUGAUAUUGCGCCAAAAGGAAAUGCAUUUUUUCCUGAAAAGAUUUUUACAGCUGUAUUCUUCCUCUUGUAUUGAUGAACUUCCAAAAGAACUAUGUCAAGGAGUGGAAACUACAUUUUUCUCAGAAAAAACCUUAUAUAACUCAGUCAAGGUAUGUCAUGACAGUACUCUAUUCUCUGAUUCAUCAUUAAAGCUCUCUGCCAGCCCAUCUUCAGGAGAUGUGUCAUCAGAUAUGAACAUACAAGAUUUAAACAAAGAACUUUGCUUUCAAUGGUACAUUCCUCCUCUAGAAAGACCCCCAAAGGAAACAGAACCUAUGGUUUUAUUGUUGUAUGCAUAUAACAUGAGGCCUCAGAAUAUUUCAGAUGCUGUGCCUAAUAGCACUUACAGCGAUGUCUAUGUUGGCUCUUUCUGGGUUCCACUGAACAGGGUUAUUUCAAUUCAUGAGAAACUAUCUAAUCUUACGCAAAUAGCUGAAAUAUCAUUGCCAACAACUCCUGAAAUUACUUCAGAUGAAAAUGUAUCCGAAAUGCAAGAAAUGGAAGAGAAAUCAGUUGAUAAGGAAAUGGAAAACAUGAUUAUUGAAUGUUGCUCUGAAAUAAUAAAUCUAUUUUUGACUGAUAGAGAUACAACACCAUUGUCUGAGGUCCCAUUUGCUAUCUCGCUGCCAUCUAUAUUCAAUCUUGAGAGACUUUUUGAUCUUGCUAACGGUUGUAUUAUAUCAGGAGGAAGCCUCUUCAACUGGAUGGUGUCGAUUAUUCCCUAAACACUCUUCACAUGUUAACCUUAUAAAGGAUUUAAGUGAUACUGUUUUUCUUGGUUUAAAUACAUUUUUGGAACUGUCUUCUCACAACAAGCAAAAUAAAAUUGUUUCUUACACGA